UCUAAAAUCCUACUUCACUGUAUCCUAUCCACGGCUCAUAAGAACAAAAUAUGAAUUCCAUUCUCCUAAAAACCCCACCAGAAAUCGGAAAAUUGUUGUUGAACCCAUUUUCCAGUGGCUCCUCCUCUCUAAAUGGGAAUUACCGUUUCUUGGUUUCAGAAAAUCGCUAUAAGUAUCCUUCUUCUUCCUUUUCACAACUUUCUUUACAGAAGGUAAGGCUCAGGGGCACCUCAGUAACAGUGACAGCAGCGAAGAAAGAAAGGAGUAAAAGAGAGAGCAACCACAGCUUUGUUCCUAAACCCGAUGAAGCCACUGGGCCGUUCCCAGAAGCUGUGCUUCUUAAAAGGAGAAAACUUGAGGAAGAUGGUCAGCUUCUACCAGAGUUUGCUGAUGCUGAAGAGCGUGAACUGUUCGAGGCUUUGAAUCUUCAGCUUGAAAGUGACUUGAAUGUUGAUCAAUUGCGGCACUAUGAAGUGGUUUAUCUAAUACACGAGAAUCACAAGGAUGAAGUUGAGCAAGUGAAUACAAAAGUUCGAGAAUUUUUGGAGGAGAAGAAAGGCAAGAUAUGGAGAUUCAGCGACUGGGGUAUGCGUAGACUGGCAUACAAAAUACAAAAAGCAAAGAAUGCUCACUAUAUCUUGAUGAACUUCGAGUUGGAAGCAAAAUGGAUUAACGAUUUCAAGAGCAUGCUUGACAAAGAUGAGAGAGUCAUUCGACACCUUGUUAUAAAGAAGGACAGAGCAGAAACAGAGGAUUGCCCCCCUCCUCCCGAGUUUGGUACAUUACGUGCUGAUAUGAAUGAUGACGAAGAUGAUGAUGAUGAAGAGUACGAUGAUGAAGAUUGGGAUGAUGAGGGAGAUGUAGAUAUUGUCUACGUGGAUGAUGAUGUUGAUGAUGGAGAAACGAGUUCAGUGAAGGAAAAACGAAAGGCAUAUAGUGGUUUGAAUUAGUUCCCUAUUUUUCCAACUGAAAGGCUUUGUAAAAUAACAGUUUAUUUGUGGAAGAACUAGUUAAAAGAGUAGUAAGUAAUGAGCAUUUUCCCAUGUAAAAGGAAACACUUGCAAUUGCGUGGCU